AUGGCUUCUUUUCCCGAGACCGACUUCCAGAUCUGCCUGCUUUGCAAGGAGAUGUGCGGCUCACCGGCGCCGCUCUCCUCCAACUCGUCCGCGUCGUCCUCAUCCUCGCAGACGUCCACGUCGUCCGGGGGCGGCGGCGGGGGCCCUGGGGCGGCGGCGCGCCGCCUACACGUCCUGCCCUGUCUGCACGCCUUCUGCCGCCCCUGCCUCGAGGCGCACCGGUUGCCGGCUGCGGGCGGCGGCGCUCCGGGAGAGCCGCUCAAGCUGCGCUGCCCCGUGUGCGACCAGAAAGUGGUGCUGGCCGAGGCGGCAGGCAUGGACGCGCUGCCUUCGUCCGCCUUCCUGCUGAGCAACCUGCUUGACGCUGUGGUAGCCACAGCAGACGAGCCGCCGCCCAAGAACGGACGCACCGGCGCACCGGCAAGCGCGGGCGGCCACAGCAACCACCGGCACCACGGGCACCACGCGCACCCGCGUGCGUCCGCCUCUGCGCCNCCGCUGCCGCCCGCGCCUCCGCCACCCGCGCCCUCGCGCUCCGCGCCUGGAGGCCCGGCCACCUCGCCGUCGGCGCUGCUUCUGCGCCGGCCCCAUGGCUGCAGCUCGUGCGAUGAAGGCAACGCAGCUUCGUCGCGCUGCCUCGACUGCCAGGAGCACCUGUGCGACAACUGCGUCCGGGCGCACCAGCGGGUGCGCCUCACCAAAGACCACUAUAUCGAGCGCGGUCCCCCGGGUCCCGCGGCCGCAGCGGCGGCGGCAGCGGCGCAGCAGCUGGGGCUCGGGCCGUCCUUUCCCGGCGCACCCUUCUCCAUACUCUCGGUGUUUCCCGAGCGCCUCGGCUUCUGCCAGCACCACGACGACGAGGUGCUGCAUCUGUACUGUGACACAUGCUCUGUGCCCAUCUGUCGCGAGUGCACCUUGGGUCGGCAUGGGGGCCACAGCUUCAUCUACCUCCAAGAGGCGCUGCAGGACUCCAGGGCACUCACCAUCCAGCUGCUGGCGGACGCACAGCAGGGUCGUCAGGCCAUCCAGCUGAGCAUUGAGCAGGCCCAGACGGUGGCAGAACAGGUAGAGAUGAAGGCCAAGGUGGUACAGUCGGAGGUGAAAGCCGUCACAGCAAGGCAUAAGAAAGCCCUGGAGGAGCGUGAGUGCGAGCUGCUGUGGAAGGUAGAGAAGAUCCGCCAGGUGAAAGCCAAGUCCCUGUAUCUGCAGGUAGAGAAACUACGGCAAAACCUCAACAAGCUGGAAAGCACCAUCAGUGCUGUUCAGCAAGUCCUGGAGGAGGGAAGGGCACUGGAUGUUUUGCUUGCCCGAGACCGGAUGCUGGCCCAGGUGCAGGAGCUGAAGACCGUGCGGAGCCUCCUGCAGCCCCAGGAAGAUGAUCGGGUUAUGUUCACGCCUCCUGAUCAGGGUCUGUACCUUGCCAUCAAGUCCUUUGGCUUUGUUAGCAGCGGGGCCUUUGCACCUCUCACUAAGGCCACAGGUGAUGGCCUCAAGCGGGCCCUCCAGGGUAAGGUGGCCUCAUUCACUGUUAUUGGCUAUGACCAUGAUGGUGAGCCCCGCCUCUCAGGAGGUGACCUAAUGUCAGCUGUGGUCCUGGGUCCUGAUGGCAACCUGUUUGGGGCGGAGGUGAGUGAUCAGCAGAAUGGGACUUAUGUGGUGAGCUACCGGCCCCAGCUUGAGGGUGAGCAUCUCGUGUCCGUGACCAUGUGCAACCAGCAUAUUGAGAACAGCCCCUUUAAGGUGGUGGUCAAGUCAGGCCGCAGCUAUGUGGGCAUUGGGCUCCCAGGCCUGUGCUUCGGCAGUGAGGGUGACAGCGACGGCAAGCUGUGCCGCCCUUGGGGUGUGAGUGUAGACAAGGAGGGCUACAUUGUUGUCGCCGACCGCAGCAAUAAUCGCAUCCAGGUGUUCAAGCCCUGUGGCUCCUUCCACCACAAAUUUGGCACCCUGGGCUCCCGGCCUGGGCAGUUCGACCGACCUGCUGGAGUGGCCUGUGACACCUCACGCAGGAUUGUGGUGGCUGACAAGGACAAUCAUCGUAUCCAGAUCUUCACCUUCGAGGGCCAAUUCCUCCUCAAGUUUGGUGAGAAAGGAACCAAAAAUGGGCAGUUCAACUACCCUUGGGAUGUGGCAGUGAAUUCUGAGGGCAAGAUCCUGGUCUCAGACACUCGGAACCACCGGAUCCAGCUGUUUGGACCUGACGGGGUCUUCCUGAAUAAGUAUGGUUUCGAAGGGGCCCUCUGGAAGCACUUUGACUCCCCAAGGGGUGUGGCCUUCAACCACGAGGGUCACUUAGUGGUCACCGACUUCAACAACCACCGCCUUCUGGUCAUUCACCCCGACUGCCAAUCAGCACGCUUUCUGGGCUCCGAGGGCACCAGCAGUGGUCAGUUCCUGCGCCCACAAGGCGUGGCAGUGGAUCAGGAAGGGCGCAUCAUCGUGGCUGAUUCCAGGAACCACCGGGUACAAAUGUUUGAGGCCAACGGCAGCUUCCUGUGCAAGUUUGGUGCUCAGGGCAGUGGCUUUGGGCAGAUGGACCGCCCCUCAGGCAUCGCUAUCACCCCCGAUGGAAUGAUCGUUGUGGUGGACUUCGGCAACAAUCGAAUCCUCAUCUUCUAA